UUUCAAUGAGGAAGGGAGAUAACCUCCAAGUUCAUAAAAUGCGUUUACACUACAGAUACGUGUUAAAUUAUUUGUGGAAUCAUUCAGCGUGUGUGUUCGUUUUUAUCAGUUUGUGAUAGUAUUAUAUACCAUGUCGUCCGUAAAACCCGUCGCUCAGGAUGUGAACUAUAUGAUUGAUAUCGGAGGUAUUCGAAUUAAAUAUAAAGAUAAAAGCGAAACUUUUACCGAAGAUCGUCUCGCGAGCAAGGAGCCUAUUGGUCAAUUCAAAGCAUGGUUUGACGAAGCAUGUAACGCCCCGCAAAUUUUCGAGCCGAAUGCUAUGUUCCUUGCCACGGCUACUAGAGAUGGGAUUCCAUCGGUGCGAGCUGUUUUGCUCAAAAGUUUUGGCACAGAUGGAUUCAAAUUUUACACGAAUUACGAGAGCAGAAAAGCUCGCGAACUUGCUGAGAACCCGAAUGCAGCGCUGACGUUUUACUGGGAGCCUUUAAGACGAAGCGUGCGCAUAGAAGGCAAAGUUGAGAAAACGUCAGUAGAAGACUCGGAUCGUUACUUUCAAAGUCGGCCAUACUCGAAUCAGAUAGGAUCUAUGGCUAGCAAACAGAGUGCAAUAAUCGCAAGUAGACAAACGCUCAUCGUGAAAGAAAGGGAAUUAACGGCUCAAUUUCCGGAAGGACAAGUUAAAAGACCAAGCUGCUGGGGUGGUUAUAUCGUUAUUCCACAUUCCGUAGAAUUUUGGCAAGGUCAAAGCGAUCGUUUGCACGAUAGAAUUCGUUUCAGACGACCUAAACCUACCGAGAAAAUCGAUAACAUUCUCGUGCAUCAGGGAGACAACGGAUGGGUUUAUGAAAGAUUAUCUCCGUAAAUAUUAAAAAACUUAUAUGUAUUCCGAAUAGACAUUAAUAUUACAGUAUAUUGUUAGAUAGACAAAAAACGUAAGCGGGUGGGGUUAGGUAUACUUCCUUGAAAUUUUUAGAAUUUCUCUUUGUAAUCCUGAAAUGUAAAUACAUAUUGUUACUUGUUCCGAAUAUGUUCAUAAUUGUUGCUUGUUCCGAAUAAUAUAAAAAUGUGAAAUAAAAAAAGAUCACUGACAAGAGGAUGACCUCAAUUAUAUCAUUUCGAUUUUAACGAUCUUUGGGAUCAUCUUCUUGCAAGUCGUUGCCUCCAAUAAUUAACUACGUAUAAUUAAUUACCCUCUCGAUUUUUCCACACUGUCUCAACAUCGAAAAAUCCAUCUUCCUCUAUAAGAUUUUGAAAUUGUCUCAUUCCUCCCCCAACUCCAAAAUAGUAACUUUUACCAGCAAUGAACCUGAGGAUAGCGCGCGACACGAUGUUACUCUUAAACCUAUAGUAACCUGAUUCAAUUUUACGACGUAAUGAUUAUACUUGCCCAACGCCAUCGAGUUUUAGUUUUUGUUUAAAAACUUCGUAAAGCUUUCUAUGAUUGUCAGGAUUAUAAAUCGUUUCACUCGUGAAAAUUAAAUCGUAUUGUGCAACCUCGUUCGUGGAAUUCGAAUCAUUUAGUUUCGUAAAUGACUCCCAGUCGCCACAAAAAAAUUUACAUCUCUUUGAAAGGCUUUCUCGAUCCUCGAAAUUUAGUAAAACGUUUGGGAUCGUUACGGUUCUAAUCACCUCUAUAUUCUACAAAACUGUUUGUUAAUACGUGCUAUUUUGGAAAGAUCAUUACAAAUGCAAGCUGAACGAUACGAACAUAAUCUUGAAAAUGAACGAUGGAAUUGUUUAGAAGAGCGAUCAGACCGAUGAUACCGGCACCACAUCCUAAAUCCAAGACAACUUUGUCUUGAAAUUCGAUAUUACGUUCGAAUACGUAAUGACCUAGGUCGUAACUGCAUUCCCAAAUUUUUAAACCA